AUCAAAUACUGAAAUUUUCAAACAUGUUUUUAUAUCAGAACAUAUUAAAUAAAGUUCGAUUUGAAAUGUUAUAUCGGUGCGUUUGUGACACGGCAGCUGGAUUUGCACACGAGUAUUUUAAUUUAUCGUGUGCAAAUUUAAUAAGUGUCAAAAACAUAUAAACUAUACCCGCCCUAAAAUAAGGUAAUUUCGUUCACGUUUCCAUUUGAUCAACGACUUCUCGGUGAAGUGCUCGUUCACGAAGCCAAGCCCACCUGCGAAGCCAAUAUGAAUUCCUAUCACAUUUUAGAACUUGUGGGAGAGGGCUCGUUUGGCCGAGUUCAUAAAGGAAUGAAGAAAUUUACGGGCCAGGUGGUGGCUCUGAAGUUCAUGCCCAAGAUGGGACGCUCAAAUAAAGAGCUGCAAAGCCUCAAGAAGGAGAUUGAAAUCAUGAGUAACCUUCAGCAUCCAAACAUUGUGAAACUUUAUAACAGCUUUGAGACCGAAACGGAGGUUGUUGUUGUGACCGAGUAUGCAGAGGGUCAAUUGUUCCAGAUUAUUGAAGAUGAUGGGAGUUUACCAGAAAGUCGGGUUUGUGAGAUCGCCUGCCAGCUAGUCUCAGCUCUGUAUUAUUUGCACUCCCGCCGUAUCCUGCACCGAGACAUGAAACCCCAAAAUAUCCUCUUUGAUAAAAACGGCGUCGUGAAACUAUGUGACUUUGGGUUUGCUCGGGCAAUGAGCGUCUCCACUAUGGUGCUGACUUCUAUCAAGGGGACACCCCUGUAUAUGUCCCCUGAGUUGGUGGCGGAGAAGCCUUAUGACCACACCGCUGACCUCUGGUCACUGGGCUGCAUUCUUUAUGAACUCCACACAGGGGUGCCCCCAUUUUACACUAAUUCCAUCUUCCACCUGGUGCAGAUCAUUGUGAAAGACCCCAUCAAAUGGCCAGACACGAUGAGCAGCACAUGCAUGAGUUUCCUGAAAGGUUUGUUGACCAAAGACCCUCAGAAGCGACUGUCAUGGCCAGACCUCCUGCAUCAUCCUUUUGUUGCUGAUGGUGUUCUAGUGAUUCCAGACACGGGUGUUUUCAGUCCUCUGACGGUCACCCCUGACCCAGACAUGCUGGCACGGAAACUGAAACAAAUGGCAGAAAAGAUGUCGCAAAACUCUGGGGAGAGCAAAAUACUGAGAAAGGUCAAAGAACAGAGAAGCAAAGUAGCGCCCCCUCGAGAUACUUCUGCACCCUCAAUUCAGCCAUUGAAAGCCCCUCCAAGUGCAUAUCCAAAGAACCUGAGCGACAUGAGAUCCACUCUUCAAAAAAGGGGUCCAAUCACUCAGGACUACGAACGCGAGUUCCCCUCAAUAGAAAUCGGGCCACGACUAAACCAAGGGGCAUCCAAGAACCAACCUGAAGUCACUGCAAAAAUGUCCAGUUCCAUUACAUCUGACAGCGAGAAUUUUUGGCAGAAGCUUGUUGAGGAGUCAGAUCCAAGGCGACGAACGCGAGACCAACUCGACUACAGCACCGUUAUUGUUCAACUGAAAUCCACCAUUUUAGUGUGCAAGCAAGCGCUAGACGAUGGCGUCCUGAAAGAAAUGCGAUCCAUUCACCUUCCGCUGAAGGUCCUACAAAACCUGGUUUUGACCUCUGACCUUGCCAUGAGAAACCACAUUGGUCGCGAACUUGGACUGCCAUAUCUCCUCAUUGACUUGGUUGACAGCUCUGUGGAAAACUCACGUUUCAUUGAGCAGCCAUGGAGUCUUCCAACGCUUGGAGAAAUGAUUGUUGCACUCCUCAUCUACAUAGAGAAGAACCAUGACGGGUUAAAAACAGAAAAUAGACAUGAACACCUCAUCAAGCCCUUCAUGACAAUUCUUAAUCAAGCAGAACUCAAUCCCUUAGCCCCUCUGGCUGCAGGUGUUUUAUCUCUGUUUAGCCAGCAUGAGAUUGCUGUUAAAGCUGAUGUGAAUAGGCUCAUUUCUUUGCUGAAAGAACUUGUCCCCGGUUCAUGUCAGGCCCAACUUCCACGACCGCCUGGCUGGGGACUCUGUGAUGGUCUCCUUGCUUUACUACGACACAGUCUCUCUGAGCAUGAUGAUGGCUCUUUAUAUUGCGAUCCCCUCAUGUUUGAUCACCUUUGGGAAGGAAUUGGCACUGCACUGGCAAAGAAAAAGCCAGACAUGGACUUCUGUUCAACAAAUGGACUGCAUUUACUUCUGUCCGUCUCAUUGUUGGUCUUCUCCAAGGAUCCGUCUUCCUAUAUUUCACUGUUUUCUGAGAGCAAAUCGACAUUUGUAUCUACUCUUGGCUGGCUGCUGAGCUCUGAAUGUUCUAUAUUCGCUGAAGGCAACCCAGAUCCACUCGAGAAUCGCGAGAGCUUAAUCGAGUUGAGCUGCCACUUCCUGUGCCUUCCAUUUGCUUUGGAAUUGAAUUCACACAGCAGAUCGAGGAUAUUGCAGUUGUAUGACAACGGUGGUGUUGUCCGAGGGCUUCUGCGGGUGAUUCAAAUUCUCCCUGUUUCAUUAGUGGAGCUGCCACUGUCACUUCUGCGCUGCUUGUUGCUGCGCGACCGUCAACGUUUUGUUUUCCGCCUCAGUAAAACCGCUCCUGUCUUUUUCUCCGCGCCGGCACUCACUCCAUCCGGUCAGCAGACACCCACCAGAACCGCCAGUUCUUUGCUCUCCGAUUUGCUGCAACUGGAUGAGCUCGGGGACUCUGCCGUAGAACUCCUCUCUCUAUUAUACCUCAUCACCCGUUUUUGCCCUCACUCUGGUCACCUCCGGCUUCACAUUGAAUUGUCCGUGUUGCAGCGAGCACUCACUCAUGCUUACGACCCAGUCAGGGCCGCCACAUGCAAGGUUUUGGGGAAUAUGUAUCCCUUCGGGUUGCCCACAUUGCCCAAUUUACAACUUGAUAUUUUUAAAAGCAUGAUAGACCUUCUUGAGAAUUCUAAUGUGCACGUACGGCAGGCGGCUUGCUUGUCAAUUGGCAAAUGGUUGGGUUAUAUCGCCGUGAAGGCAGGAAAGUGCAAUGGAAAUUUAGGCAACACUCCAGAGUGGCUAAAACUGAAACACGACGAAGCACUCAAGGCUUCGAACAGGGGGACAAUAGAGAACAAGCUCGGUGAUGAUGAGAUGAGACAAUGGCUAGAAGAAGCCAGGAUGACAGUGGCCACACUGGCCUCACUGACCUCUGACCCCGACGCCCACACUCGUCUCCAUGCCUGCGCCGCUCUGGGAAACCUGCUACAUGUUCCAGGCACUGUACCCGAGCUGCUGGAAGAAAGCGUGUCCGGACGACUUCUGAGAGCGGCGUGCGCAGAUUCGCACAAUGUAGUGAGAGAAGCCGCCAUUGCAACUUUAAGCUUGUACACGCAGCAGGAGGCGUUACGACAGGUCCUAAUAUCACUGGAUGCCAGAGGACAACUACUUCAGGCCCAGCGUGCACCUCUCCAGUGUGACUAUCUUCCUCUUCUUAGACAGCUCCAGACAGAUAAGACGGAUUCAAAUUCCUAAUGUUCUUUUGUCUUUGUUGUGUCUGCCCGAAAAAGACCUAGUCAAGCAUAUUGCAAUGUUUAUAUAAUUUCAAGCUAUCAUUUUGCAGUAAGAGUAGCAACAAAAAAAAAAAUCUCAAAAAUAUCAAUCUUCUCUCAAAUAGUUCACAGGGUACAAAAUCUUAGAGAAAAAAUGGUUUCAUGAUAUACUGUACUUUAUAUUUGGGGAACUCAUGUGGCCAUUAGUGUUCACUCGCCUGAUUACAGUGCAGGCGGAGUGACUUUAGUUCCUACUUGUGACAGUGUAAAGGUGAGUGUGAGUGCUUCUCUGUCUCUAUGUCAUCGCCCUCCUAAAAUAAUGGCCACUGUGGGUUUUUUUUGAGAAAACAUGAAAAAACAGAGCCAAGUACUGAUUAUACUUCUGAAUAAUUUCAGUUCAGACGGAGCCAGAUGGACUUAAAAUCAUGCAAAAACAUUUUUAAAUUGACUCAUUCUACGCCUUGCGAUUCCUGUAAAUGAAUCUUUGGUUCAGCUUGUAAAAAAAUGACACACACAUACAGGACUUAUAAUGCCACAUUUUUAUUUUUAAUGGAAAAAGUCAAUGAUAGGCAAACACGCUGGUUUGAUGAUGAAGUGGAAUUUAAAUCAGAACAUUUUAUUUAGAAUAUGAGAUCCCGUGACUUUGAAUUGUGCUGCCGGCCGUUGUUAACUACGACUUGACUCGACAGUACAACCGCAAGGAGGCAAAGCCAUGGGAUUUAGUGUCUUGUAAAUUGAAUAGAUAAUAAUAUCUUGGCUUAUAUUCAAGAUUGUUUUCAAAUAAAUGCAUAGG